UUAUCCAUCUCCCAAAAAGACGAUUUCUUUCGCCACCUAUCUUCCAUCCUCAUCGUCAUCACUCAUCGUCAUCGAUUUGCAGGAAAUUUAAGCUCUUUGAGUUUAUCUAAGUGUCAAAUUCAGGAUCUUGGAUGUGGCCCUAAGAAAUCCCAUGUGAAAUUGGGUCAUAGAGGUGGUAUUAAGGCCAGAAGUAGUGCUCUUUUAGAGCUUGUUCCAGAAACCAAGAAAGAAAAUCUUGAUUUAGAGCUUCCUAUGUAUGAUCCCUCAAAGGGUCUAGUGGUGGAUCUGGUGGUUGUUGGUGGCGGGCCGUCGGGACUUUCGGUUGCCCAACAAGUUUCCGAGGCCGGGCUCAGCGUUUGCUCCAUUGACCCGUCUCCUAAACUGAUUUGGCCCAAUAAUUACGGUGUUUGGGUGGAUGAAUUCGAAGCUAUGGAUUUGCUAGAUUGCAUUGAUACCACUUGGUCUAGUGCGGUUGUUUACAUCGAUGAAGGCUCUUCCAAGAAUCUUGGAAGGCCUUAUGGAAGGGUUAAUAGGAAACAGCUUAAAUCGAAGAUGUUACAGAAGUGUAUAUCGAAUGGCGUUAAGUUCCAUCAAGCGAAAGUAAUCAAAGUGAUUCAUGAAGAACUCAAAUCAUUCUUGAUUUGCAACGAUGGUGUCACGAUUCAAGCAACACUCGUUCUUGAUGCAACUGGUUUUUCUCGAUCUUUAGUUCAGUAUGAUAAGCCUUACAAUCCCGGUUACCAAGUGGCUUAUGGAAUUCUAGCAGAAGUCGAGGAACACCCUUUUGAUGUCGAUAAAAUGCUCUUCAUGGAUUGGAGAGAUUCACAUCUCAAUAACAAUCUUGAAAUCAAAGAAAGAAACUCAAAGAUCCCGACCUUUCUUUACGCGAUGCCCUUUUCGUCCAAUCGGAUCUUUCUUGAAGAAACUUCCCUUGUGGCUCGUCCCGGAUUAAAAAUGGAAGAUAUUCAAGAAAGAAUGGUUUGUAGAUUAAAGCAUUUGGGUAUAAAAGUGAAAAGCAUAGAAGAAGAUGAACGUUGUGUUAUCCCGAUGGGCGGCCCUCUUCCAGUUCUGCCACAAAGAGUUCUUGGAAUAGGCGGCACCGCUGGGAUGGUGCACCCUUCCACCGGAUAUAUGGUGGCUAGAACCUUGGCGGCUGCCCCAAUUGUGGCUAAAUCCAUAAUUCAGUAUCUUGGUUCUGAAAAAGGGCUCACCGGAACCAAUUUAUCAGCACAAAUUUGGAAAGAUUUGUGGCCGAUUGAGAGAAGAAGACAACGCGAGUUCUUCUGUUUCGGUAUGGAUGUCUUGCUUAAGCUCGAUUUGGAAGGAACCCGAAGGUUUUUUGAUGCGUUUUUUGAUCUAGAACCGCAUUACUGGCAUGGGUUUUUGUCAUCACGAUUGUUUCUACCCGAACUAUUCACUUUCGGGCUUUCUCUUUUCUCUCAUGCCUCUAAUACUUGCAGGAUUGAAAUCAUGGCAAAAGGAACUCUGCCAUUGGCAACCAUGAUAAACAAUUUAGCCCAAGAUAAAGAAUAGAUAUCAAGAUUCGCAGUUUCAUAUGUGUAAGCUUUCGUUCUUCAGGAUAUGGGUUUAUAAUUGUUUUAUGUUUCAGUUCAUUUUCAAUCUGUCUCUAUAUUUGUUGGAAACCAUCUUUUUUUAUACAGUUUAUAUAGAAUUGUUGUUUUUGCCACACCAGUUUGGAGAGUUAUUUUGAAUCAAAAACUUGUAUCAUUCCUGGAUUAUGAUUCAGAAUCUUUCAAAUUGAGCAUAUAGCUUGAGUUGA